UACUCAUUGCUUUUGUCUUCACAGGUUAACGACAUUGAUGUUACCAACAUGAGUCAUACAGAUGCAGUCAGCUUUCUCCGUGCUGCCCCAAAGACUGUCAGAUUGGUUCUAGGACGUGUGUUGGAGUUACCCAAGAUGCCAGUAUUGCCUCACUUGCUGCCUGAUAUUACACUAACGUGCCAUAAAGAGGAGCUAGGUCUGUUGUUAGCAGGAGGUCAUGACAGCAUUUACCAAGUUGUGUAUAUCAGUGACAUUCUCCCCAGAUCAGCUGCUGCCAGAGAGGAGAGUCUCCAUGCAUUAGAUAUUAUCCAUUAUAUUAAUGGGGUCAGCACACAAGGAAUGACACUGAAAGAAGCCAAAAGAACAUUGGAAACAUCCCUUCCUUGGGUCGUGCUCAAAGUGACCAGGUGCGUUCUGGAACUGCAUAUUUCCCUGUACUUACUGCUUUUCUCACUGGAUUAUACGUGGGUAAAACAUGCUUCUGGUAUAACAGCUAUUCACCAGAGCAGUAUCAGCUGGCAUAUUAUUGAGGACUGGUGCCACAAAAAGGGAACAUAUACUCUCAGAUUUGCACUUCAGUGCAAUAGAAGGGCACUUAGUACUUGCUGUAUUUUGUGUUUCUUGGGAAGACAAAGCUGUGUCAAGCAAUCAAGCGUUCAAAACAUUUGCAAAAUAUGGCACAGAUUGUUUUAA